UCUCACCCAUCUAUAACAAACAUCCGAAUAGAUAUCUAGCAGAGCACAUAAUGGGAAAUACUGAGAGUAACGAGUCGAACGCCGCCGGAAGUAGUGAGGAGGAUUCGGCUCAGAGACAGAGGGAAAACACGGAGACUGCGGUGGCGACUGCGGUGGGGGUAGCGACGGCCGUGGCGACAGUGGCGGCUGCGGGGUGGGCCGUAACCAAGCUUUUAUCAUCCUCAGCAUCAGAAGAUGAGAAGACCAAUGACAAAGGGAAAUUGAUGGUAGCUGCUGGAAAGAAGCUAAAGAUGAACAUUGGUGCUAGCUUGAGUGAUGAUCAAUCCCAGGCGGGUUUUGGUGGGGUCAUCCGUGAUGAAGGAGGCCGUUGGAUUAUGGGUUUUUACGGUAGAAUAUCGAUGAGGGAUUGUACGCCCGAGCAGGCGGUGAUAUGGGGCAUAAACAAUGGGUUGAAAAUCAUCCAGGAGGAAAAGUUCCGCGAGGUCGAGAUCGAAUCGGUUUCGGAACCUGCUGUUAUUCAACUCAGGGACAAGACUCGUAGGAAGUCACGUAUCGAUGAUAUUGUAGAGGAAUGCAGGGGGAUGUUGCUGAGUACGGGAUGCAAGCUGAACUACACCGAUAGAAAAGGAAUUGCGGAAUCAUUGGCCGAGCUAGGAAGGGAUCAGGUGACUGAUUUGGUCCGUCUCAUCAGCUUGCCGCGGAUGCACGCUCGGCCUCUUCUUAAUACCAGGAAUGCAAUACAAAAAAUGAUGGAUGCUACUGGAGGAAAGCUAAAGAUGAACACUGAUGCUAGCUUGAGUGGUGAUCCAUCCCGGGCGGGUUUUGGUGGGGUCAUCCGUGAUGGAAGCGGCCGCUGGAUCAUGGGUUUUUACGGUAGAAUAUUGAGGGAUUGCUCGAAUUCCGAGCAGGCGGAGAUAUGGGGCAUAUACAAUGGGUUGAAAAUCAUCCAGGAGGAAAAGUUCCGCGAGGUCAAGAUCGAGAUUAAAUCGGAUUCGGAACAGGCUAUUAAUCACCUCACGACCAAGACCCGUAAGAUGUCAGCUAUCAAUGAUAUAAUAGAGGAAUGCAAGGGGAUGUUGGAGAUUACGGGAUGCUCGCUGAACCACACCAGUAGAAAAGGAAACAAAGUUGCGGAUGCACUGGCCGAGCUAGGAAGGGAUCGCGGGGAGACUGAUUUGGUCCGUCUCAUCACUCUACCAAAGGAAAUUAAGAGUUUGCUUGACGUGGAUGCACGCUCGGCCUCUUCUUACUACUAGUAAAGGCUUUUUGGGUGAGAGAUCUAGAGUGGGGUACUAUGGCUAAAACCCUUUGACAUGGAUUUCAUAUGAGUAUUCCCCAUAUACUUAAUUCCUGGUACGUCGUAUGAUGUUAUUUUCCUUUGUUUGUCUGGUUUAUGUACCAUAUAUGUUUCUCCUAAGGCUUAUGCCAUUGUACUAGACUUCUAAGUUGUAAUAUGGGCGUUGAUGAUUUGCUCUGCGUGCAGUACUGGUACGUACUUAUGUUUAUAUGAGAGAUGUAAGAUUUGAGAAAU